UCGCUGGUUGGCAGCCGUUAAAAGUGGACGUGUCCGGAGAGAGCAGCUAAAGCAUCGUAGCUACCGUUACUAUAUCGUUUAAUACUGUAGAUUAGUUGGCCAUAUAUUGUUCGGAAAUGCAACGACUUGUGACGAAACGCAGCUGCAGCUUAGUGCUAAGGCUACACAAUCGGUGCCUGGCCACCACAUCUGUGGAGGAUGUACUCUUUCCCACCAAGUCUGACUUUCCUAGUCGCCACAUUGGCCCACGUAAGACGGAUGUUGUUGCCAUGCUCGAUACCCUGGGCUUUAAGUCCUUGGCUGAGCUCACCGAGAAGGCCGUGCCACAGAGCAUACAAUUAAAGCGGGAUCUAAGCCUGGACAAGCCUCUGAACGAGCACGAGCUGAUACGACGCAUACGUGAUAUUUCGCUCAAGAAUCAGCUGUGGCGUUCCUACAUUGGCAUGGGAUACCAUAAUUGCCAUGUGCCCCAUACGAUAGUGCGCAACAUUUUCGAGAAUCCCGGAUGGACGACACAGUACACGCCCUAUCAGCCAGAGAUUGCCCAAGGUCGCCUCGAAUCGUUACUCAACUAUCAGACUCUUGUUUCCGAGCUCACCGGUCUGGAUGUAGCCAACGCCUCGCUGCUGGACGAAGGCACUGCCGCCGCAGAGGCCAUGUGCCUGGCCACACGGCACAACAAGCGCAGGAAGCUGUACUUGUCGAACAAAGUGCAUCCGCAGACUUUGUCGGUGGUGGAGACGCGCGCUGAAGCCUUGGAGCUCGAAAUUGUUGUGGGUCCUAUCGAGCAGGCAGAUCUUCCCAGCCGCGAGCUGGCUGGCAUCCUGCUGCAGUAUCCAGAUACGUAUGGGGACGUCAAAGACUUCGAGGACAUCGCAGCUCUUGCUCGAAAAAAUGGCACUCUUGUAGUUGUGGCCACCGACUUGCUAUCCCUCACUCUGCUUCGUCCGCCUGCUGAGUUCGGUGCGGACAUCGCCAUCGGCACAUCCCAGCGCCUCGGCGUGCCCCUGGGCUAUGGCGGCCCACAUGCCGGGUUCUUUGCCUGCAAGCAGAACCUGGUGCGUCUAAUGCCAGGUCGCAUGAUUGGCGUCACCCGCGAUAUGGACGGCAACGAUGCCUAUCGAUUGGCUCUGCAAACACGCGAACAGCACAUUCGCCGGGACAAGGCCACCAGCAACAUUUGCACAGCCCAGGCGUUGCUGGCGAAUAUGUCUGCCAUGUAUGCCAUUUACCAUGGUCCGGAGGGUCUCAAGGCAAUUGCCAAUCGCAUUCACCACUUUGCGCUAACUCUGCAGACGGGUCUGCUGGAGGCUGGUCAUGAGGUAAUUAACAGGAACUUCUUUGAUACGCUGCGCGUGAGGCCCUCGGCGGAUCUUUCCCUGGAGGAUCUCAAGGAGCGAACCGAGCACAAACGCAUCAAUCUGCGUUACUUGUCCGACGGCACAGUGGGCGUGGCUCUGGAUGAGACGGUUAGUGUAGCUGAUGUGAACGAUUUGUUGUGGACCUUCAAGGCACCAACAACGGUGGAGGAGCUGCUGGCGCGCAAGGACGUGCUUAAAAAUUCCAUUGAAAACUCCAAGUUUCUGCGUACAUCGCCUUUCCUGCAGCAUCCCAUUUUCAACAGCUAUCACAGCGAGUCCCGCAUGGUGCGGUAUAUGAAGAAACUGGAGAACAAGGACAUUUCACUGGUACACUCCAUGAUACCACUAGGCUCCUGCACCAUGAAACUCAACUCAACGACCGAAAUGAUACCCUGCUCGUUCCGCCAUUUUACGGACAUCCAUCCCUUUGUACCCGUUGAGCAGGCUCAGGGCUUUCAUCAAAUGUUCAAGGAGCUGGAGAAAGAUCUGUGUGAAAUAACCGGCUAUGAUAAAAUAUCUUUUCAACCUAAUUCUGGCGCUCAGGGCGAGUACGCUGGCUUGCGUGCUAUAAGGAGCUACCAUGAGCACCGCAGCGAAGGGCAUCGCAACAUCUGCCUGAUUCCUGUUUCCGCGCACGGCACGAAUCCAGCUUCUGCUCAAAUGGCCGGCAUGAAGGUGGAACCGAUACGCAUCCUCUCAAAUGGCUCCAUUGACAUGGCACAUCUGCGCGAUAAUGUAGAGGAGCACGCCCACGAGCUGUCCUGCCUGAUGAUUACGUAUCCUUCCACCAUGGGAGUUUUUGAAGAAACGGUUGCGGACAUCUGCACAUUGGUGCACAAGCAUGGUGGUCAGGUGUAUUUAGACGGAGCCAACAUGAACGCCCAGGUGGGUCUGUGUCGGCCGGGCGACUAUGGCAGCGACGUGUCCCAUCUGAAUCUGCACAAGACUUUCUGCAUUCCACAUGGCGGUGGUGGUCCUGGAAUGGGUCCAAUCGGUGUCAAAGCACACUUGGCACCGUAUUUGCCUGGACACCCUGUCAUCAGUCCACUAAUCAGCGAGGAGCACAGCUUUGGUGUCGUUUCCGCAGCGCCCUUUGGCAGCUCGGCAAUUCUCCCUAUCUCAUGGUCGUACAUAAAGCUCAUGGGUAAUCGUGGCUUGAAGAGAGCCACUCAAGUUGCUAUUCUUAACGCAAACUACAUGUCCAAGCGCUUGGAAGAGCACUACAAAACACUCUAUAAGGCGGAGAACUCACAGCUGGUGGCCCAUGAGUUCAUACUCGACAUACGAGAUCUUAAAAAGUCGGCCAACAUUGAGGCAGUCGAUGUGGCGAAGCGGCUAAUGGACUAUGGUUUCCAUGCCCCAACUAUGUCGUGGCCAGUGGCCGGCACGCUGAUGAUAGAGCCAACUGAGUCCGAGGACAAGGAGGAGUUGGAUCGCUUUUGCGACGCGAUGAUAUCCAUACGAGAAGAGAUUACCGAAAUUGAGGAAGGACGCAUGGAUAAAACCGUCAAUCCGCUCAAAAUGGCCCCGCACACACAGGCCCAGGUCAUUUCGGACAAGUGGAACCGCCCUUACACACGUGAGCAGGCUGCCUUCCCAGCUUUGUUUGUGAAGCCCGAUGCAAAAAUUUGGCCUACUGUUGGAAGAAUCGACGAUGCCUACGGCGACAAGCAUUUGGUAUGCACGUGUCCACCCAUCCUACCAGACCUCUAAUCAAAUUGUAUAGAAUCUACCUUAAUUAGGAAAUAAACAUGUAUAAAUACUAGCGUCCUAUUA